AACAUCAUUUUUAGAUUAUAAUUUUUUAAGAGAAUUUAAUAAUUGAAUGUCUCUCUUAAUAUCUGUUCUGCUGUUGAUUAGGUGAAACAAUCAUCUUCUUUAGGUGCCAUCAUGGAGGAGAUUCCCGAUAAUUGGGAUCCAAUGGCAGAAGACGCAAAAUCUUAUUCCAAUAAUUAUCAAUACGACCCGACGGAUAUUGGAAACGUUGUCCAAGGAUUUAAAACCAAAGAUUACACUGGGAUAUGUCAUCAUUUUUUGAGAGGCCAAUGCAGAUACGGUGCUGGUUGUGUUCAUAAACACGUUACACCUCAAGAACUUGAAGUUCUUGACACUGAAGAGGUUCUCGUGGACACUCUCGAACGAGACAUUGUCAGAGAAGGUUGUAAAUUGGAUGUAACAGUUACCAGUUGCCUAAGUCCAUAUUCAUUUUAUGUCGUACCAGCAGAAGACAUAAUUCAUCAACAAUCAUUUGACUCUAGAGUUGGAAGAAAUUACGAUUUCAUUGAUCCAACUGAAAAAAAUCUUCUUAUUCUGAUGCGAGAAAUAACUAUUAUUUAAACAAGAAUCACUUCU